AUGAAGAAGAGGGCGGAGGAACAAUUGACACAAGCUGCCGCUGCGCUGAUCGUCCAGGGCAAUGUCGAGGCAGAGAAGGCAGAAGCAAAAAAGGCUGAGAAGAAGGCGCUGGCAAAGCUGGGCCUGAAGCCUGAGGAGGUGGCAGCCAUGUUUGAGAUCAGGGUCCUGAUUGAAGAAGAUGGUGCCAUGGAUGCUGUGGCCGCCAAGCUGAAGGAUGUGUCUGCCAAAGCUGCCGUGCGCAUGCAGCUGCUGUUCAUAGCACUGCUUGGCCAGACAGAAAAGCCGCUGGGAGUCCUGGUGAAGGAGAGGUACGCGCUGCUGAAGUCUGUUGCGACCACCAACAAGGACCAGCUCGCCCAGCUCAUAGGCCUGGAGUAUUUCUUGGGCGUCGUUGCCCCCCAGCAUGCGAAGGAGUCCUCCAAGGUGCUCAACGCCCUGUACGAGCUCAAGGUAGUCGACGAGGACCUCAUCAUCGCCUGGUACGACAGGCCCAGCGCCGGCGCCACCGCCCUGGGCGUGCCAGAGGAGGCAGGCCAGCUGGUGCGAAAGCACGCCCAAAUGUUCAUUGACUGGCUCAAGGAAGCUGAGGAAGAGGACGAUGAGGACGACGAUGAAGAUGAGGAGGGGGACGAGGACGAGGAAGAUGAUGAUUGA